GUCCUGAGUAGUGACAUCCUAGUAGACAGGCAGUAGGUGUGGUGGUGUACACGUGUGUAGGCAACAUUCUGCAGGAAUAAACUGCACAAACAUUAGAUCAGUAAUCAUCGGAAGAUAGUGACACACGCAGUUUCAACGCCCACCAUUCUGCAGCAGAAAUAUUGUGAAGUAGGUUUGUUCUUACACCCAAGAAAAACUUCAAAUGCAGUCAUGUGGCUGAAUAUUGCUUUGUUUGCUGCCAUUUUAUGGCAGUGCAAUAGCAUGGAUAUGGACUGCAAUAACAUAUUUUCUGAGUCUUUGUAUGGAGUGUCCGAGUGCUUUCAAGAAGACAGUGAAGCUGAAAAUGAAGAAGUUAUGCCAUGUGAUGAAGUUGAAACAACAAAUAUUUUAUGGACAGUUAUGGACACAAAAAGUGGCACAGUUGCUGUAGAAUUCAACUUGAUGCCUAAAUCUUGUGGGUACACCUCCUACAGGCUUGAUCUCUACAUGGAUGAAAAAGUGACAAAUGCAGAAGAAUGUGCUAACAGAACCUUGUUUCCAUCACGCCAUUCAAGAAGAUAUGCGGAAAUACUGAGUCAUGACCCAGAAAACAAUAAAAAUAUAUCGCCCUGUGGGAAGACUGCAGAAGUAAAAUUUAAUUAUGUAUUCAGUGGCUGCUAUAAGUUGCAAUUUGCGCUAAUGGAGGAUGGGAUUCCAGAUAAGUACAGCGAAUCAUUGCCACAAUUUGUAGAGACCGAAUAUAGAAAGGAUUUACUUGUUAAAAAGAUACCAAGAAUCACCAGACAGUAUACAACGACACUGAGGCAGUGGCAGUUUUCUCUCAGUAGGAUAAAUGUUUCCAGAAUGCAGCUUGAAACCAGAAAAUGUGAUUCCCAUUCAUGCACCUGUGGUCAUGGUAUUAUACAACACUGGUGGGAGAUUGCUUUAAGUUUCCAGGCAAUUGAAGAAUUUGAAGAUCUGCAUAUGAGUUUUCGCCUGAACUCUGAUAUAGAUCAGUCAAAGGACAGGGCAUGCUAUGAGUCAGGACAUGAGCACUCAUGUUGCAUUUAUAGGACAUCUGGAAAGUUCAUGUGUAAAGUGAAAAAUAAGUUGACAAACAAACCAAUCUGCCAUAUAGGCAAAGAUGAGAUACGAUGCACAAUACAGAAUGUUACGGCUGGAUAUUAUUGUGUGCUGGUGGAAAUUUUUGAUGAUCGAUGUGUGCGGGAUACAGUUUGGAAUAAUGACUCUUACUGUGUAUACAACAGCAAAGUCUUUGAAGUACAGUCAGUAUCACCACAAUCACCACAGAUAACAUCACCACCUUCACUUCGUGUUGAUGUUAUCCUCAUGGCUGUAUUUGCAGUCUUUGUGCUGAUGUGCAUUUUUGCACUCAUAUUCAUCUGGAGGAGGAGAAGGAGGAGACGAAGUUCAGAACCUGAUGAGAGUCGUCAUGUGAUGAAACGAGCUCUGCCCCUUAGGCCACGAAUCCUUUUGCUGUAUUCUCGUGACUGUAAACCAUUUAUGAAUAUGAUGGCCACAUUUAGAGAGAUGUUAAAGCAAGUUAUGAAGUGUGAGGUGUAUGAUUGCUUUGACCCUCUUGUUGAAGAAGAAUUGUAUCAGAGUAAAACCGAUUGGUUGACAACGCGUGUAACAUGUCCUGAAGUGAAAGUUGUAGUUGUUGAGAGUAAGUGUGCAGUGCUGCAUCAGAUAGCUCUCAUCAAGCACGUGAAACUCCUAUACAAAGAGCCAACAUGGUUGGAUGAUCUCUUCUCAUAUGGGCUGAGGAUACUCAGGGAAGACUUACAGAAGAACACAUAUGGGAGAGUUUUUGUUGUUCGUAUUCAUGGUUUCACAGAAGAGGAUGAUAAUAUUUGUCACAUAACACCAUACACAAGAUACGUUGUGCCUCAGAACACAGAAAAGCUACUGAGCAGUUUAUACCAGCAGAGUUCUUUGGAAUAUGUUCUAAUCUUAAAUGAAAAUACUGACAGCAGCCUACAAAAACUGAAGGAAGAUAUCAGGACGCUAGAGAUUUUUAAGGAACGGAACAGAGAUUAUUUGAACAAGCUGUUUGAGAAGGAUAUAAAAGAAUUUAUCGAAGAGACUGAAUUGAAAACUAAAAUUGUGUAAAUAUGUGCCAGGAUGAUAUGUAUUUAUUAGCAUAUCUCGACCUGUGUAAUUAACUUAGAUGUGCAAAAGAGGGAGGAAGUAACAUAUGAAGAAUAGUGUUAUUUAUUGUGAUAAUGAUGUGAGUUGUGAAGGUAACUGUAUACCAGGAGCAGAACAGAUUUGUGUUGGAUGCUGUUAAAGUGUUAAGUAGUUAGAUAGUGCAUUUGAAGUUUUAUUUCCCAGUGAAGCACUGGAUUAAAAACAUCACAACCCAGAACUUUUUAAGAGUUUCAGAAUACAGUGAAUGUUACAUAACUGCCCAUUAUCAAAUUAAGAAAUGAUUUAACUUAUUUAAGGACGUAUUCGUAUCAGUUUCUGUUUUUAUCUAAUGUUUUUAUUUUGUAGUUACAGGAAUGUUUGUAGUAGGAGUGCCCAGUACCUUUAAGUGAAGUGUUGUGGGAAGAAAAUUGAGUACAUAAUAGGAAUUAUAUGCAUUUAUCUAUUUGAACAAAACAGAAUAGUAGCAGAAAAAGGUAUUAUGCUUGCACUGGCAUUUUGUCUGCAUGAAACAUCUCUGGGUAUGUGUGUCUUUUGUCAGUCUGGCUGUUUGGACUGUAACUGAGCUUUGCCUCAGAGUGCAGUUUAAAACAGCUCCCAAACCAAAUUCCAGCAGUGGAAAUCUUUGUUGUGGAAUGUGGUUGUUACAUCCUUGAUUACCAGUCUUCUCUCAGAUGUCUUGAUGCUCAGCUGUUUGGUUACUGGUAACUUUUGGAUUCAGAGAACUUAUAACCCUUGGAACAGGAUUAUGUUACAGGUAGUGUUGACAGAGAAACUUAGCAUACUGCAUAGUAUGAUUCAGGUGCAGUCAGACUGGUAUUAGGAUGUGAUGAACCUCCAGUUGUGACCUCAGUAACUUGUGAUCUCACACAUAAUUCUUUUAAAAACACAUAUUUAUUUCCUCUUAGUAAAUUUGUGAUCAGUUUUUAUUGUUUGCAGGAUGGAUGGAUGAAUGAAUGAAUGAAUGAAUGUGUGAGGAAACUGACAGGAAGGUGUCCCGUCAUGCAACAGUGGCAUGACGCAGGAGAGAGAUCUUCAGGACAAACAUGACCUAGGAAAAGUGUCUGAGGACAACCCGCCGCGCAGAAGUGGCAUGGCGUAGGAGACAGUCAUCAGGGUCACAACAGGGACAAUGUUGCACCAAGAUCCCAGAAAAGACUAGCAGUCCAGAAGUGAUGUAAAUCACAUCCAGGAGGUGACGGAGGAAUAAGGAGCUGAGACUUCAAGGAACUAAUUCCUGG